CUGGCGCGAGAUUUGGCGUUUUUCCCGCCGGAACCGCCGAGCUACGCGCUCGGAGAGCGAGAGGCGAGCGACGACGGGGACGGCGAGCGCGCGGGGACGAGCGAUACGUUUCAACGCGUGUUGGACGAUUUUCGCGUGGAUUUGGUGACGACGGCGAGAGGGAACGAGGUGGUGGCGAUGACGUGCGAAGCGCCGCCGACGAGGAUAUCGGCGGCGAGCGAGGACGACGCUCGAGCGAUGCAAGACGGCGCGAACCUGACGUUGAUUUACUCGCACGGCAAUGCGGUUGAUGCGGGGGAGGUGGCGCCGUUCGCGCGGAAGUUGUCGCAGCAAUUGAAUUGUCGAGUGGUGACGUACGAUUACUCGGGAUACGGGCAGAGUCGCGGCGAGCCGAGCGUGGCUGAUACGUACGCGGACAUCGAUGCCGUCGUCGCGCACGUCAUCGAACGCUUCGGAGUGUCGCGCGAGGAAAUUAUUUUGCUCGGACAGUCCAUUGGAAGCGGGCCGACGUGUUUUCACGCGGGCAAGCGCGAAAACGCGGGAUUCGGCGCGGUCGUUUUGGUUUCUCCGCUUCUAAGUGCCUUGAACGUCGUGAGCUCGCCGCAAGCGUGGUGCACGCCGGCCAAGGUGUUCAGAAAGAUGGACGUGUACAAGAAUUAUCAAGUCGUGAAGAACAUCCAGUGUCCGAUUCUGUUGAUUCACGGCGAUCAAGACAACGUCGUACACGUGUCUCACGGCGAGACGCUUUGGGAAACCAUUCGCAAGAGCGCGAAAACGAACGAAUCGCUUCUCGAACCGUACUGGAUUCGAGGCGCCGGCCACGAUGAU